ACGUUUCGGCUUCCGGGUUGUGGAGAAUUCCGUACAUACGAAGAUUUGCACGUGUAGCAGCAGCACGGAUAUACUUUCACAGCAUUAGUGUCAUCAUGCCCACAGUCAGUCAGAAUUCUUUGUUCGGGAUGGGGAAUCCACUGUUGGACAUCUCUGCUGUGGUGGAUAAGGAUUUCCUUGAUAAAUACGGCCUGAAACCCAAUGAUCAGAUCCUGGCAGAGGAGAAACACAAAGCUCUGUUUGAUGAGAUCGUGAAUAAGAGUAAAGUGGAGUAUCACGCUGGCGGAUCCACACAGAACUCUGUCAAAAUCGCACAGUGGAUGAUCCAGGAGCCGCAUAAAGUGGCCACGUUCUUCGGCUGCAUCGGGACGGAUCAUUUCGGGGAGAUCCUGAAGCAGAAAGCGGCUGAAGCUCAUGUUGAUGCUCAUUAUUAUGAGCAAAAUCAAGAACCCACAGGAACCUGUGCGGCCUGCAUUACUGGAGACAACAGGUCUCUAGUUGCAAACCUGGCUGCAGCAAACUGCUAUAAUAAAGAGAAGCAUCUGGAUAUUGAGAGUAACUGGAGUCUGGUGGAGAAAGCCAGAGUUUACUACAUUGCAGGGUUUUUCCUGACCGUUUCCCCAGACUCUAUCCUGAAAGUGGCCAAACACGCGUCCGAAAACAACAAGAUCUUCGGUCUGAAUCUGUCGGCUCCUUUCAUCAGUCAGUUCUUCAAGGAGCCACUGAUGAAGGUCCUGCCGUACGUUGACAUCAUCUUCGGCAACGAGACGGAAGCCGCCACGUUUGCAAAGGAGCAGGGCUUUGAGACUGAAGACAUCGCUGAAAUUGCGCAUCGGGUUCAGAAUCUGCCCAAAGUCAACAAGAACCGUCAGAGGAUUGUGGUGUUCACUCAGGGCAGAGAGGACACGGUGGCCACUGUCGGUGAUAAAGUGAAAAUGUUUCCAGUUUUAGACAUUGACCAGAAUGACAUUGUGGACACGAAUGGUGCCGGUGACGCUUUUGUUGGAGGUUUUCUGUCGGCGCUGGUCCAGGAUCAGCCGCUGGAGGAGUGUAUCCGCGCAGGUCACUACGCCGCUCACGUCAUCAUCCGCAGGUCCGGCUGCACCUUCCCAGAGAAACCCGAUUUCCACUAAAUCACUCACAACACCCAGGAAUCUUUCCAUUUCAUUUUCCUGAAAUUCCAGAAACACAACCUGCGUGCCUCUACAUUGGUUUACACGCGUUUACUGUUAAACGGGCAUUUAUCAGGACUGCAACGACCACAUAAAUAUACAGUCAUGUCCGAGAUGAUUCAUACCGCUGGCAGAUUCUGACUUUAAAGUUACUUUUAUUCAACCAGCAAGUAUGUUUUGACCGAAAAUGACUCUGGCUUCCCCUGAAAGAUAAUAAGACAAAUGUACAAGAAGCGUCAUUGUGGAGAAAAAAAUAUUUCCCAGCUUUUAUUUACAUGUGAACACAAACUUUAAGUCAGAACUUGCCAAGGGUAUGAAUAAUUUCAUGCUUAACUGUAUAUAUAAAUAUCACAGAUUGUCUUCUAUCUGUUUUUAUGCUACACUGCAAUAUUAUUCCUAUAUUUAAUCUAUUAAAGACCCUUUAAGUGCAUUUAUAUUUCUUCUAAAUUAAUUGCAGUAAAUUAAGUUAACAGGAUUGUGUAGAAUGUUUGUGUCUUUCAGGUCUGUAUUGUUAUGAAAUGCCAAAUUGUAUCUUAAGCGCACAAUCUUUGAAUAUGCAUAAGCUAUAUCCGAUGGGGGAAGAGUUUUCAGUUCUGAAACAAGACGAUGGUUCAGCUGACCAGUUUAAUAAAAGAUUUUAAUCGUGUACAA